AUGAGCACAGGCCAGCAGCCCCCCGAGAGCAGCAGUGUCCUUGUCCCCAGGGCUCCGGAGGGGCCGGGAGCCCUCGCACAGCCUGGGCACCUCCAGCCACCAGUGCAGGGGCAGAAGCGGAGGGCAGAGCUUAAAUGGAAAACUGGGACACUGGACGGGGCCGACGGACACCAUGCGGCAGAGCUUCGUGCGGGCUCGUCUCCAAAAGCGUGGGAAUUGCUUGCACCCUGCAAAGAGCAAGCGCUGCGGGAGCAGCCGGGGCCCGGCAGGCUCCGGGGGGACUGCCGCUUUGUGGACGCAGAAGCAUCCAAGACACGCAAGAAGACCUGCACCCGAUACCAGAUCUGCGGACUGCUCUUCAGCGUGCUCCUCAUUUCCCUUAUCCUGAUAUUUUUUGGGGUCAAAUAUCUCUGGAACCCAACACCCAGAAAAGUUUACGACAUGGAGCACACGUUCUUCAGCCACGGUGAGAAGAAGAAGAUUGUGAUGGAGAUUGACCCCCUGGCCAGGACAGAGACCUUCAGGAGCGGGAAUGGCAGCGAGGAAAUCCUGGAGAUCCAUGACUUCAAAAAUGGAAUAACUGGCAUCUUCUUCGUGGGACUUCAAAAAUGUUUCAUCAAAACCCAGACUAAAGUCCUACCUGAGAUGACAGAGGCCAAGAUCCCCGAGCUCGAGGGAGAAGAAAUCACAACCACCUACUUGGACCAGUCCAUGGUCUGGGUGCCUGGGGAAAAGCCCAUUCAGAACAAGGAGUUCCUGAAGAGCUCCAAAAUUUUUGACAUCUGCAGGAACGUGACCAUUUACUGGAUCCACCCCACGCCGAUAGCAGCUCCUGAGCUGGCCGACCUUGAAGGAGCAGAAGAAGAAAACCCUGAGCUGCUUGUGGACAACCAGACCUGGCUGGAUGGGGGGAGUGAUCGCGAGGUGGGGAAGGAUGCGCAGUUGGGGCCCAAGCGCCAGGCACGGCAGCUCACCGAGGAGGACCUGCCUGUCAAUGACUACUCGGAGAAUGGGCUGGAGUUCCAUCCCUUGUGGGACGAGCGAGGCUACUGCUGUGCCCAGUGCCGCCGUGCCAACCGCUACUGCCGGCGGGGGUGCGAGCCCCCCCUCGGAGCAUCCAUAACUCAGGUACCGGGACUGCCGGCGCUCGCCUCGCCGGGAACCUGCACCGACAAUGUGGUUAAAGCACUGGGAGCUGCCAGGAGCAUGGUGCAGCAGAGCUCCCCGCACAGCAUCCUGAGGGACACCAACUAG